AUCUAGUAUAAUUUUUGAAUAGGUAGGUACGUACAUACGAGUUUAUGUGUACCUACUUUAGUAGCGUCCGAAUACGAAAAUGUAUUGCUCAUGAAACGUCGAAACGUGUCGUGUAGUGCGUAAUCAAAAGUGUCUGCUCAAUUUUCCAGUCAGUUGUUUCUUAUUUUUAAUAUUUAGUAUUUUAAUUGAGGAUACAAAUACGAAUCCAUGAAAGAACAAGUGAAAAGUUACUACAGAGGUGAUUUUACCGAACCUCUUAAAUUGGUUACAAUUGGCCAAAUAAUCGAACAAGCUGCCCACGAACAUGCCACUGAGACUGCAAUACUGAUACACGGAGGGCAAAAAUUAACCUAUGCGCAAGUCUUGGAAAAGAUUGACACUUUGGCAGCAGCCUUAAUGAAUUUGGGCUUGAAACGAGGCGACCAUGUGGCCAUUUGGGGAUUCAAUACUAUCGAGUGGUAUUUAUCAUUAUUGGCUGCAUUUAGAGCUGGCGUUGUUGUGGUGAAUUUGAACCCACUAUUUGAAGGUGCGGAAGUUGUAGAUUGUUUGAAUGCAAGUGAUGUGAAAGCUAUAAUCAUGGAUGAACAGCAUUAUGGUCGUAAUUUCUACAAUAUUUUGAAAAGCGUCAUACCAGAAAUCCAAGAACAUGAUUAUAAUACUCAUAUCACGACCAAACGUGCUCCGUUACUCAAGACUGUGGUGAUGUUCAGUGAAACAGGCUACAAAGGUGUCUUCAGAUGGAAAGAUUUAUUCGCCACAGUGACCACAGAGCAAAUACAAAGUAUCAGAAACACUCAAAAGGAAAUCAGCCCUUUUGAUGUUUGCAAUAUUCAGUUCACUUCGGGGACCACAAGUAAACCAAAGGGGGUUUUACUGAGGCAUCACAGCAUUGUAAAUAGUGCCAGAUCUGUGGGACACCGCUUAGAAUUGUUCAAAAAAAAAGGACAAAUUUUAUGCCAGGUACCAUUUUUUCACGUGUUUGGAAUGGUAAUUGGAAUUUCUGCAUCCAUUGUAACAGGAUCUACGAUUGUUGUUGCAAGUUUCAAGUUUAGUCCAAAUAAAUCCAUAGACUCGAUAAUUACAGACAAAUGCACUGUGGUUCUUGGUACUCCAACAAUGUUCAUUGAUUUUAUCACAAUAGUGAAAAAUAGAGCUCAGAGUGAUCCUCAAAUAUACGAAAAAAUAUCCUCAGUUGAACGAUUCUUCAGUGCAGGAGCAUUAAUUUUUCCAGACACAAUCACGCUAUUGAAAACGUUAUUCAAAAACUCUAAAUUUUCGGUCAAAGUUGUCGAUGAAAACAAUCAAUUGGUACCAUUUGGCCAUCCAGGAGAAAUAUGCUUAAGAGGAUACAUGUUGAUGAAGGAGUACUACAAAGAACCAGAAAAAACAAAUGCAGUAUUAUCAGAAGAUGGAUGGUUUCACAGUGGAGAUAGGUUUGCUUUGAUGGAAAAUGGAUACGCUCGAGUUAUUGGUCGUAUCAAAGAAAUGAUUAUCAGAGGAGGAGAAAAUAUCCAACCCAGUGAAAUAGAAAGUGCAAUAAUCAAACAUCCAGAUGUUAUUGAUGUCCAAGUAUAUGGUGUUAGUGAUGCUCGACUGGGUGAAAAAGUAGCAGCAGCUAUAAUUAAAACGGAAAAUUCAAAGUUGAGUGAAUUGGAUGUGAAGCAAUAUUGUGAAGGGAAUAUUGCAUCGUAUAAAAUCCCAGAAUACAUAUUUUUUUGUAAUAAUUAUCCAAAAACUGCUUCUGGAAAAAUACAAAAGGUGAAACUGAGAGAAAUUACUGAAAAAGAACUCCAAGACAAAAUAUUAAAACAAUAAGUUAGAUAUAUAUCUACAGCAUGUACUUAUUAAAAUUCCAUUUUUUCAAAAAUAAUGUACUUAUUAAAAUUCCAUAACUGAGAUUUGAUUUAAAUAUUCAAGUUUUUUUUUGUUUUUAGUUAAAUUUUAAUGAAUUUUCUUCAGAUGGAUUCAAUUUUUUUUUUUUAUCAAAUCCAAAAUGCGUUUUUGUCACAACAAUUUCAAAUUAAGGUAGAGUGGGUAAAUGCAAAAGUGGGUGAUAUUUUUUUUAUUUUUUUCAUUUUUUUGCAUUUUCAACACACUCACUGUAUUCUACGUGCCAUUUGCUAACUUUUGAUGUAUUCGUGGUCUUGAUUCGGUAAAAAAUUCGAUAACUAUUCCACUUCCCAAAAAAAAUUUUAGGGGAGUGAAAAAAUGUUGAAAAAUUAUUUUUUUAAAAACUCACUAAAAUUAACAAAAAAUCAACCAUUGAUCAUUUCUGAUGUUUUUUUAUGUAAAAAACUUGUCAUAGAAAUAAAUAAAUAUAUUAGUACAUAAAACAUU